AUGGAGAGCAGCUCCGGCAGUCCUCAGCCCACGGAGUCCGAUCCCCUGGAGGCUUUUCCCCAGAGGAGCCUGGAGCCAGGUGACAUCGCGGUAUUGGUUCUGUACUUCCUCUUCGUCCUGGCUGUUGGACUUUGGUCCACAGUGAAGACCAAAAGAGACACAGUGAAAGGCUACUUCCUAGCCGGAGGGGACAUGGUGUGGUGGCCAGUGGGUGCGUCCUUGUUUGCCAGCAAUGUUGGAAGUGGGCAUUUUGUAGGCCUGGCAGGGUCGGGUGCUGCUGCAGGCCUUUCCGUAACUGCUUAUGAGUUGAAUGGCUUGUUCUCCGUGCUGACGUUGGCCUGGAUCUUCCUGCCCAUCUACAUCGCUGGUCAGGUCACCACGAUGCCAGAAUACCUGAGGAAACGCUUUGGUGGCAACAGGAUCCCCAUCAUCUUGGCUGUGCUCUACCUGUUUAUCUACAUCUUCACCAAGAUCUCGGUGGACAUGUAUGCGGGUGCCAUCUUUAUUCAGCAGUCUCUGCACCUGGAUCUCUACCUGGCCAUAGUUGGGCUGUUGGCCAUCACAGCUCUGUACACCGUUGCAGGUGUGUGGGGAGUGACGGGUAAGGAAAGGUUUUUUAUUAUUAUUGGAAGCAAUGCUUCCUCUGAGGGAAGCCAGGCAAACCAAGAUCCUAAGUCCUUGACACGUACUCAGGAGCUGUGCACACUUAGUUUGCCAUUACAGAGAGCCACCUCAGCUCCCAACCACCCCACUGUUUUCCAGGUGAUUGUUCAGCGGUCUCUGGCUGCCAAGAACCUGUCCCAUGCCAAAGGAGGCUCUCUGAUGGCUGCCUACCUGAAGGUGCUUCCUCUCUUCAUGAUGGUAUUCCCUGGAAUGGUCAGUCGUGUCCUCUUCCCAGAUCAAGUGGCUUGUGCGGACCCAGACACCUGCCUGAAGGUCUGCAGCAAUCCCUCUGGCUGCUCAGACAUUGCGUACCCCAAACUUGUGCUGGAGCUCCUGCCCACAGGGCUCCGUGGGCUCAUGAUGGCCGUGAUGGUGGCGGCGCUCAUGUCCUCCCUCACCUCCAUCUUUAACAGUGCCAGCACCAUCUUCACCAUGGACCUCUGGAAUUGCAUCCGGCCCCGGGCGUCCGAGAGGGAGCUCAUGAUUGUCGGCAGGGUGUUUGUGUUGUUGUUGGUGCUGAUCUCCAUCCUCUGGAUCCCCGUGGUUCAGGCCAGCCAGGGGGGCCAGCUCUUCAUUUACAUCCAGUCCAUCAGCUCCUACCUGCAGCCGCCUGUGGCUGUGGUCUUCAUCAUGGGAUGUUUCUGGAAGCGGACCAAUGAAAAGGGUGCUUUCUCAGGUCUGAUCUUGGGCCUUCUCCUAGGCUUGAUUCGGCUGGCCUUGGACUUCGUUUACACGCAGCCUCGGUGUGACCAGCCAGAUGACCGCCCCGCCGUGGUGAAGCACGUCCACUACCUCUACUUCUCCAUGAUUCUGUCCGCGGUUACUCUGAUCACGGUGUCCGUUGUGAGCUGGUUCACGGAGCCACCCUCCAAGGAAAUGGUAAGCCGCCUGACCUGGUUUACUCGUCAUGACCCCAUGGUCCAGAAGGAACAGCCACUCCCACCAGCAACUCCCCUGCCUCUUCCGGUCUCUCAGAAUGGGACCCCCGAGACCAGCAUCACCACCAUCCAGUUGGAGAUGAUUCAAGAAAACAUAUCCAAACCCCACAGCUGUGACACGACCCCAGAGCAGUCCAGAGUGGUACGGGCCAUCCUGUGGCUCUGUGGGAUGGAGAGCCGGGGCAAGGAGGAGCCCCCCAGCAAAGUGGAACCUGUCAUCGUCUCCUUGGAAGAAAACCCCCCCGUGAAAACCCUUCUGGACAUCAACCUCAUCGUGUGUAUUAGCUGUGCCAUCUUUGUCUGGGGCUACUUUGCUUAA